AAAUACAUUUUUGGUUGCUUUGGGGAGGCGAUGGAGUGUGUAGCAUAUGGGUGUGGGUGAGGUGUGACAUACGACAUAAGCAUCGCCAGAGACAGACCAUCCGAGAGACUGCGCUGGGCGUUUGCAAAGCUGUCCAUCAGUGCCCUACGCAAUUGCGCAAUAAGGGGAUGUUGUGCGAGCAGUGGCAAUAAAUAAAUAGUUAGAAACUUAGUGCAGCCACACGUGCAGGGGUGUGUCUGUUUGUAAUCACCCGUCCCUGGAGACACUGGGUUCAGCACAUCGAGGAUACUUGGAUGCCCCUUCUUGCGACUCUCCAUAGUGAGCCGGCUGUAUCGUUACAUGGAGACACGAGAAGGACAACGAAGAAUAACCGUGGAACUGUGUCGGAUGUUUGCUUGUUGGACCUCGUAGUUCCAGCACGAUGCUAUAUGUAAUUUGUUUCAGAAGCUGGACGGUGGAUACAAUUGUCAAAAGUGCGGAUAUCUGAGCGGGACGCACGCACAAUGCACAUUGCGGACAUGGCUGUCUCUGUGUUUGUAGUAGUGAUCAUCGCCGUCUCGUUUCUGUCCAACGUGGUGGUACUGAUCUGCUUUCUGUACAACCAGGAGAUUCGAAAGCAAGUGCCCGGGUUGUUUAUCCUCAACCUAACCGUCUGCAACCUGUUGCUCACCGUGUCCAAUAUGCCUCUAACUCUGGUCGGACUUAUCAACAAUGGAAACACUGGAGGCAGCGGGUUCUGUCAAACUGUGGGUUUCCUGGACACUUUUCUCACCACCAACUCAAUGCUCAGUAUGGGGGCUUUGAGCAUCGAUCGAUGGGUGGCAGUGGUUUUUCCGCUGAGCUACCACUCCAGAAUACGACACCGGGACGCAGUGAUAGGGCUUGGAUACACGUGGAUGCACUCGCUCUCGUUCUCCACGGUGGCCACUUGCUCUUCCUGGGUUGGGUACCAUCACCUUUACGCAUCAUGUACGCUCUGCAAUGCGAGAGCAAGCGGCUCCCGGACGCAGUUUAUCAUCUACACUGUGGUUUUACACUCUCUCACUUUUCUCUUGACCUUAAUCGUGUUGUGUGUAACGUACCUGAAAGUUCUGAAAGUUGCGCGGUUUCACUGUAAACGCAUCGACGUGAUCACUAUGCAGACCUUAUUGCUGCUUGUGGAUAUUCACCCGAGUGUGCGCCAGCGAUGCCUGGAUGAGCAGAGACAGCGGAGGCAGAGAGCCACCAAGAAGAUCAUCACAUUCAUUGGAACAUUUGUGGUGUGCUUCGCCCCUUACGUCAUCACGAGAAUCUUCGAGCUCUUCACGCUAGGACAGAUAAACCCUCACUGGGGUGUCUUGUCUAAGUGUUUGGCCUACAGCAAGGCAGCCUGCGACCCUUUUGUCUACUCACUGCUUCGGAACCAGUACAGGAAGACAUGCAGCGACCUGACCAACAAGAUCCUGAAGAGAAGUUCCUUUAACUCCUCCUCCCGCAUGGUGGAGAACGGCAGGGCCAACGACACCAUGAACAUCAAACCCAGCCAUUGACUAUGGCAAGAUGGAGACAUUGAGGUACUUACAUACAGUUGAAGUCGGAAGCAUACAUACACUUAGGUUGGAGUCAUUAAAACUCAUUUUUCAACCACUCCACAAAUUUCUUGUUAACAAACUAUUGUUUUGGCAAGUAUGUUAGGACAUCUACUUUGUGCAUGACACAAGUAAUUUUUCCAACAAUUGUUUACAGUCAUAAUUCACUGUAUCACAAUUCCAGUGGGUCAGAAGUUUACAUACACUAAGUUGACUGUGCCUUUAAACAGCUUGGAAAAUUCCAGAAAAUAAUGUCAUGGCUUUAGAAGCUUCUGAUAGGCUAAUUGACAUCAUUUGAGUCAAUUGGAGGUGUACCUGUGGAUGUAUUUCAAGGACUACCUUCAAACUCAGCGCCUCUUUGCUUGACAUCAUGGGAAAAUCAAAAGAAAUCAGCCAAGACCUCAGAAAAAAGAUUGUAGACCUCCACAAGUCUGGUUCAUCCUUGGGAGCAAUUUCUAAAUACCUGAAGGUACCAUGUUCAUCUGUACAAACAAUAGUACGCAAGUAUACCCACCAUGGGACCACGCAGCCAUCAUAACGCUCAGGAAGGAGACGCGUUCUGUCUCCUAGAGAUGAACGUACUUUGGUGCGAAAAGCGCAAAUCAAUCCCAGAACAACAGCAAAGGACCUUGUGAAGAUGCUGGAAGAAACAGAUACUGCCAUAUCUAUAUUCACAGUAAAACGAGUCCUAUAUCGACAUAACCUGAAAGGCCGCUCAGCAAGGAAGAAUCCACUGCUCCAAAACCGCCAUAAAAAAAUCCAGACUACGGUUUGCAACUGAACAUGGGGACAAAGAUCAUACUUUUUGGAGAAAUGUCCUCUGGUCUGAUGAAACAAGAAUAGAACUGUUUGGCCAUAAUGACAAUCGUUAUGUUUUGAGGAAAAGGGGGGAGGCUUGCAAGCCGAAGAACACCAUCCCAACCGUGAAGGACGGGGGUGGCAGCAUCAUGUUGUGGGGUGCUUUGCUACAGGAUGGACAGGUGCACUUCACAAAAUAGAUGGCAUCAUGAGGAAUGAAAAUUAUGUGAAUAUAUUGAGGCAUGCUCUCAAGACAUCAGCCAGGAAGUUAAAGCUUGGUCGCAAAUGGAUCUUCCAAAUGGACAAUGACCCCAAGCAUACUUCCAAAGUUGUGACAAAAUGGCUUAAGGACAACAAAGUCAAGGUAUUGGAGUGGCCAUCACAAAGCCCUGACCUCAAUCCUAUAGAAAAUUUGUGGGCAGAACUGAAAAAGCAUGUGCGAGCAAGGAGGCCAACAAACCUGACUCAGCUAUACCAGCUCUGUCAAGAGGAAUGGGCCAAAAUUCCCCCAACUUAUUGUGGGAAGCUUGUGGAAGGCUACCCGAAACAUUUGACCCAAGUUAAACAAUUUAAAGGCAAUGCUACCAAAUAUUAAUUGAGUGUAUGUAAACUUCUGACCCACUGGGAAUGUGAUGAAAGAAAUAAAAGCUGAAAUAAAUCAUUAUCUCUACUAUUAUUCUGACAUUUCACAUUCUUAAUAUAACGUGGUGAUCCUAACUGACCUAAGACAGGGAAUUUUUACUAGGCUUAAAUGUCAGGAAUUGUGAAUAACUGAGUUUAAAUGUAUUUGGCUAAGCUGUAUGUAAACUUCUGACUUCAACUGUACCUAAGUAGGGAGCCAUGGUUGGAGAGUGGAGAGAGUUGAAAAAACCUGAGAAGAGAUUGUUGCUUUGUAUCGAUUUCGUACUUUCGCAGUUUUGAGCAGGGUUAAGUGUUGCUCUGUUGUCUCAUGGUGUGACAUGAGUGAGAAAACAUGAUGUCCUUAAUUGACGGAGAGUCAUGUGGGUCAUGAAUUACUGUUGCUAAGCCAGUGAGUCACUCGUAGUUCAUUAAAGUAAGUUAAUUAGUUUAAAAUGGUUUCAUUCCAACCGAGUGUUUUUGAUGGAGUGAUUUCUUGUUGUAGCAUGUAUGACUUCAGAUAAGACAAAUUAGAUUUUGACAUAUGUUGCUGCUCAUUAGUGUAGCAACAUCACCAGGAUUCACUGUUCCUGGGCCCAAUGAGUUGGUGUGCAAGGUAGCAUGCCCUGACUAUGACUCGCAUAGCUAAGAUGAUGUAGCUGCAUGGGCAAAAUUCUACACAAUUGAGUGCCUUUCAAACGCGUUAUUAUAUCACUGUAAAAGGGAUAACAUGUCUCUGUAUCACUAUCACCUAGGUGUAGUAACAUCUGGAUGGAUAACUAUGGGAAUAUAAAGCAUUUGAGAUUAUUUUUUGUUGGUAUGAUACCUUGUGCGAUAUAGCUGCAAAAGUGUAUACAGUGACUCGGCGACAUCGUUGGUGUACAGACUUAAUUUGAUCACUGUUUUGUUGCUGAGAAUGUUCCUGCUGAGCAGGAAAUGCAAACUUUUAGUGUAUUCAAGGUUUAAAAAGGAUUCUAAAGUUUGUAAUUUCCACAAAAAUUUCAGAAUGGAUUUGCUGUAACAAAAAAUGUACCAACCCAUACAAAAAAUGGCCAUUAAUUAUAAUCCACGUCAUAUUUAACAUUUCCUGUUGCUGCAGGAUUGUUUUCCUGCUGUAGCAAACUGGCUCAAAUUAAGACCCUACAUCUGUAUGAUGGUAGUGUAUGGUAAGCUGGUGAUGUGGCGUUAUCAAACUGUUUCUUGAAUAUUAUUAAAUUGUAUUAUCACAUCAUGCAUAAAACUGGAUCAUUUUGUAUUUGAAUGUGAUAGUUUAGCCAUUAUAUCUAUACCGUAUAAUGCAUUUUUAAACAUUCUAUUUUUGCUCUACAUUACUAACACCCACAGUAUUACCACUGCAUCUAUAGAGGAGUCACCUGAGCGCUCUGUAGAUUACAUUUUCACUUGUAAGUUAAUGAAUUGUGGUGGUGUUGGCAACCAAGGUAAAGUGUAUUACUUUCAUUUCCUUUGAGUGUUUGAUGCCCUAGACAGAUGAAAAUGUAUAUUUAUUUUGUUAAAAGCAGUGUUCAAUUUUGCUAAAUACAUUUGUGACUUUAUUGAAAUAAAUGCUGUGCAUUUCA